AUGGCGGGGGAGGGUGGGUGCGCAUGCGCCCUGAGAAGGGAGGAGGGCGGGGGGGAGUGCGCAUGCGCUCUGAGAAGGGAGGAGGGCGGGGGGGAGUGCGCAUGCGCCGGUCCUUCAGGCAGCCGGGCGGCCUCUGCGGCGCCUCCGUCGAAGGAGGCGAGCGGGGACGUGGCGGCCGAGGGGACGGUCGGUCGGUCGGUCGGUCGGUCGGUCGGUCGGUCGGUCGGUGGUCGAUCGGUCGGUCCGCUCUCAGGUGAAGCGGCUCCGGAGACACGUGAGGUGAGGGAUGGCGACCCCCCGGAGGGUCUCCUGAAGCGGUGGUCCCGGGAGCGGCGCCCGCCCCUGCCCCGAGUGUCCGCCCAAGAAGACCCCGACCCGCCGCCUCCGCCUCCGCGCUGCAUCCGGCCCCCGAGCAUCCCCGACUCCGGCUGGGGCCGCCUCAGGGCCCUCUUCGACCGAGACGACACGGAGCCGGUGCCGGAGGAGCUGGAGAACGUCUGCAAAGCGGCGGCGGCGGGGGCGAUCGUCGGCUGGGCCUACGGCGGCCUGCCCGCCUUCUUCCAAGCCAAGCAGCGCUACAUCGAGCAGAGCCACGCGGAGAUCUACCACAGCCGGCUGGACGCGGUGCAAUCCGCCCACCGCGUGGCCCUGCGGGGCUUCCUCCGCUACGGCUGGCGUUGGAGCUGGAGGACCGCCGCCUUCGUCGCCAUCUUCAACUCGGUGAGCACCGCCCUGACCGUCUAUCGGGACAAGGACGCCCUGAGCCACUCCGUCGUGGCGGGAGGGGUGACGGGCAGCCUGUUCCGGAUGCGGCUGGGCCCGGCCGGCCUGGCGGGCGGCGGCGUGUUCGGGGCCCUGCUGGGCGCCCUGGCCGGAGGCCUGCUGAUGGCCGUGCAGAAGCUGUACGGGGAGACGGCGUGGGAGAGACGGCAGAGGGAACGGCGGGAACUGUACCAGCUCAAGGUGGAAGAAUGGAGGUCCCGGCUGCGGGUCACCCACACGCUCGCCGAGGAGAUGGAGACGGCCCUGCGGGAGAAGCGGUCGGAGGAGGACAUCCGGAAGAUCGAGGCGCUGCUGGAGCUCCCCAGGAACCCGCCCCCGGCGGGGGCGGCGGAAGAAACCUAGCCCCGUCGCGGGACCCGGUGGCCGGCCCGGGCCCGUGCGGGGGCGGGGACGGGACCGGCCGGCGGGUGGUGGCUCCGGGGCCGCCGGGGGCCCCGCGACAGGAGAGGGUUCAGCGGUAUCGAGCCCCCGUCGGUCAUUCGGUCGUAUUCAUCGGGCCGCUCAGCGGGUGCGGAGCACGGCGCCGAACGCUCGGGAGGUACGAUUCAGCGACGGAUCGAGACGGCCCCCGACCUCCCGGGGCUCGAGGCCUGGAAGGGAGGAGUCUGGAAGGGCGGGCCUACGGUGCACCGAGCCCCGUGAGAGACGCCGAAGUAGAUCCGGGUCUGUCGGGUCGGACGUAGUCCUUACCCCACGUGGGGAGCGCGGUCCGAGGCGGCGCCCGGUGGGUUUGAUCCCCCGUGCGCAGAUGAGGGGGCCGAGGCGCAGGCAAGUGUCUCGCCUAAGGACACGCAGCAGGAAGUCGGCAGAGGCGGGAUUAAAACGCGGCUCCUCCGACGCCCGGGCCCGGGCUCCCUCCGCCGGGCCACGCCGCUUCUCUUUUGUCUCAUUCUCGGUGAGAAGCCUGGGCCCCGGCCAGAGAGGAAAUCGAACUCCUCUCCGCUCCUCCGUGUCCGCCUUCCCCCGCCGAGCCUCUUCCCUUUACUUCCCGGCGACCCCGCUCCCCGCCGUCCUGCCGACGGAGCGGGCGGGGUAUCCCGCGGGGAAGCCGGACUCGCCCGCGCCCUGCCCGGACCGCGCGGGAGCGGGGCGGUGGCUCGCUUUCGGGUUUUCCCCAGUUUCUCUCGGGUCCCGUCCUCCCGUCCGUCGGGUUUUUUCUCCCUCGCUUUCCCCAAGUCAGAGCGAAACCCCGGAUGGUUCCCCCGGCCCCCUCCCGGGUCGAGCGUUCUCUCACGGAGGUCUCCCCCGGCCUGCCGGCGACCAGCGGAUCCAGCCCGAUGGGGCCCCGGGCGGAGACGGGGAAGGCUGGGUGAUUUUUGGAUGUUAGAAAUAUUUUCGGCGGGGGUUUCCCCUCCUUCCUCUGCGGUGAAA